AUGGAGCGCACCUUCAGAGAGCAGCUGUUCCUGUUGGCGCUGUGCGUGUCUGUCCUCACGGGAGACUGCAGAUACAUAGAGAACAACGAGAUAUCCAAGGAUGACAUUUAUUCAGUUUUCAACCUGGACCUUAAGAGAGAGAUGUCAGAGAUUCCAGAAGAGCUCAUCUAUCGCAGAAGUUUGCGAUGCCUGGACAUGAUCUCAGUGGAGGGGCAGUUCACCUUCACGGCAGACCGGCCUCAACCCAACUGCGCCGCCUUCUUCAUGGCAGAACCCAACGAAGUCCUCAGCCUGGAGUACGACAGCGUGGACGUGGACUGCAGAGGAGGCGACUUCAUCACGGUAUUCGACGGCUGGGUGAUGAAAGGCGAGAAGUUCCCCAGUUCGCAGGACCACCCUCUGCCCUCGUUCGAGCGUUAUGUGUCGUACUGUGACUCGGGUUCGGUGAGAAAGACCGUGCGUUCCAACCAAAACGUGGCCAUGAUCUUUUUCCGCAUCCACAACGAAGGCAGCAGUUUUACCAUCACCGUCAGAAAACACAACAACCCUUUUCCGUGUAAUGUCAUCUCUCAGUCACCAGAGGGAAGCUUUACGAUGGUGAUCCCACAGCAGCAUCGAAACUGCAGCUUUUCCAUCGUUUAUCCAGUGGAAAUAGAGGUGUCAGAAUUUAGCCUGGGCCACUACAACAACAUUGCAAAGCGGCCGCUUCCAGGCUGCGCAGAGACCGGAGACUUUGUGCAACUACUGGGAGGAAACACCAUCGACCCGUCCAAACUCUCACCAGUCACAGACCUCUGCAUCUCCUUCACCGGCCCCACCCAGAUGAAGAUCGGCUGUGAGAACGCGGCGGUGAGGAUGGUGUCCAGUGGGAGGUUCAUAAACAGAGUGUCCUUCAGCUACAGACCCCUGACACCUCAGGAGCUGCAGAGCCUCAAACUCAACAGCAUCGACGACUUCUGCUUCAAUAACUCACCGUGA